AGAGCGGGUGAGAGGAGCACGCCGUCGUGCCGAUGGAUUUCCAAGCCGGCAUCCUGCAGGAUGGCAGCCCCAUGGAGAGCCUGGAGAAGCAGCUCAUCUGCCCCAUCUGCCUGGAGAUGUUCAGCAAGCCGGUGGUGAUCCUGCCCUGCCAGCACAAUCUCUGCCGCAAGUGUGCCAACGACGUCUUCCAGGCAGCCAACCCGUACUGGCAGAGCCGGGGCAGCGUGAUUUCAGGGGGACGGUUCCGGUGCCCCUCGUGUCGCCACGAGGUGCUGCUGGACCGUCAUGGCGUCUACGGGCUGCAGAGGAACCUGCUGGUGGAGAACAUCAUCGACAUCUACAAGCAGGAGUGCUCCAGGUGGGCACGGGCGGCUUGUGCCUUGCCCCGGCGGGGACAUGGGGACGCGGGGACGCGGGGACGCGGGGCUGCCCACCUGCUGAGCCCCAGCACCACCAUUGAGACCGCAGGAGAUUGCAGCUGGGCGAGAAACUGGGGGGCUUUUCUGCUGGCUCAAUGGUCCCCAAUCCAAAUCUUCCUCCCCUGACCCAAAUCUUCCUCCCCUGACCCAAAUCUUCCUCCC